UUUGAAGACAUCACUUCCACUUCCCCCGCAGGUCGGGUCUGUUGGUCACUCAAUCAUGGCGAUCCAGACCAUCGUGCGUCCACCCAUUCUGCGUAGGAGGAUACUGAGGCCCCCCUCCACACUCCAAAUCCGCCUAGUCUCAUCCUCCCCGCCAUUGAUUCGCAUCCAGAACGGAACCUUCUAUGAAAAUUAUCCCACCCCAGAUGACACCGCGAAAAACCAAAACCGUCCGCUUUUCCCCAACUUCAGUUUCGAGCUUCCGUCCGAUACUAAGAUCGGGGGCAAAUCCAAGAAUAAAAACACCCCCCAGCAAUGGGCUGUCAUCGGGUCGUACGGCCGAACCCAGCUGCUCGACGUUCUCCGCGGCCAGUACAUCUGCUUGCCACCCGCCGCUCGAUCCUAUCCAUACCUUCUCUCGGACGAGAUUGCCAACAAAGACCCCCGUCUACGCUCGUUCAGGAAUGCCAUUCAAUAUAUCGGAUUCAGCGGAGAGGGCUCUGGCGCCAUCGGCGGCACUCGCGGUGCGUACUUGAGUGCUCGGUACGAGAGUUUCCGGGAAGAGACCGAUUGGACGGUUCGGCAAUACCUCAAGGGACAGACUUCGCUGAAUCCGCUAGAAGGCGAGGAGGAUGGUACGCUGCGGGACCCGGAUCUGUUCGAGCAGGUGGUAGUCGAUCUGCGCUUGAGUCCCCUGCUUGAUAUGCCGGUUGCGAACUUGAGCAAUGGCCAGACGAGGCGGGCCCGCAUCGCAAAGGCUCUUCUCAGCAAGCCUGAACUACUCUUACUAGAUGACCCGUUCAUGGGUCUUGAUCCUGCCACCGUGCGAAGCAUCUCCGACUUGCUCCAACGCCUCGCCGCCAAGUCUAACCCCCGAUUGAUUCUCGCCUUGCGGCCCCAAGACUCUCUACCAGAGUGGAUCACACACGUCAUGAUUCUCGGAAACUCAAAUCAGGUCCUCUUUCAAGGUCCCCGGUCAGACACAGAGAAGCUCUGGGAGGUCUGGAGGGCCGUUUACGACGGGCGCCCGGCCUCCCGUACAUGGAGGAAGGACAAGCACAAAGUGUGGUAUGAUAAGGCCAUGAAGGAUAUGGAUGCUGGUUACCUUGAUCGAACACUCAUGUGGGACCUCCAGGUCCCUGCUCGGACAGAGAGUCAACUGACCAUCUCUUCCGCCCGGGGCGGCGAGGCGCUCAUCGAGAUGGACGGAGUUCGCGUGCAGUAUGGCGACAAGGUUGUCCUCGGGGACUGGAGGCAAAACGUCAACAAGCAAGUCAAGGACGGCCUGCAUUGGACCGUCCGUCGCGGUCAACGCUGGGCAGUCCUAGGCGCUAACGGGUCCGGCAAGACUACCCUGCUGUCACUCAUAACUUCGGACCAUCCCCAGGCGUACGCGCUGCCCAUCAAACUCUUCGGGCGCUCGCGUCUGCCCGAGCCGGGUAAACCGGCGAUCUCCGUCUUCGAGCUACAGUCGCGUCUCGGUCAUUCAUCGCCGGAGAUCCACGCCUUCUUCCCGCGACAACUGACGAUACGCCAGUCGAUCGAGUCCGCCUUUGCGGAAACGUUCCUCAGCAAGCCCAUAUUGGACCACACGAGGGAUCUCGACGUGAGCGCCACGCUACGAUACUUCAAGGGUGAGCUGGACCCCGACGCUGCGGUGACCAUGAGCGAAGAACCGCCCAAGGUGACCACAGAAGCGCGGUCCCACUUCCCUAAGCUGCAAUACCCGUACGGCGCCGGGAAGGCAUUCACUCCGAGUGACUACGAGGUCGAGUAUGCGGACUCGGUAACAUUCGGACAGCUGAACAUGGGACAACAGCGACUGGUGCUCUUCAUUCGCGCCCUCGUGCACCGACCAGACAUUGUCAUCCUAGACGAGGCGUUUUCUGGCAUGUCGGCCUCCAUCCGCGACAAAUGCAUUCACUUCCUCGAGGUCGGCGAGCAUGGCCGGGGCCGCGCUUCCACCGCCAAACGCCGUACCUCCCCCUUAGAGACAUGGCUUAGGGGCUAUAGCACUUCGAUCGCAAAUGCUCGCUUCAGCGGCCUCACCGAUGAACAGGCGCUCAUCAUGAUCAGUCACAACCGGGAAGAGAUCCCCGACAGCGUGCGCUACUGGAUGCGCCUGCCGGCUCCUGCCGAGGAUGGCGAAGAGCCUCUCGAUUUCCGCCACGGGACGAUCAGCGAGGAUAGGACCCUAGGAGAUCCGAGAACUUGGCACUUGGCAUGGACACCAGGGUCGUUGUUCAAGAAGAACGCGCGACGCACGUGGCGUCGCAACAAAGUCCAACCGGAUGAGGUUGCAGAUGAGGAGACCUAUCAAUGGUAUACAAUCUAGAUGUUAUUUCUUGUACAGUAUAUAGAAUCAACGCGGACAUCAUUUCCAUUAGACAAGCUAAUCACGACACUUUGAACUU